AUGACAAAAUCUCUUAAUAUCUGUACAUAAAUAUUUUAAAUAUAAAUAAUUAAGCUUAUUUAUUAAACACAUUUACUCAAAACAUUGCAGUACGUGGGCUGUCAAGACAUAUAAUAAAAACUCUGGGUCCAUACUGGAAAAUACACAUUAUCCCGGGAUCUAUAAGCGAAUUAUAAAAUAGCUGAUUUGAAAAAAACUAAAAUAAAAAGACUUCAACGCGGCAACACUUUCCAUCUCGACCGAGUCAGAAAGAACGAUCGAGACGAAAAAAACGAAGAAGAAAGAUGGGUCAAGCAGAAGAAGAUAAAAGCAAAGGAUUUGCUGAGGAAGAAGUUAACCAGCAUCAUCAUCAUCAUCAAUACGGUACGUUUCAAGGUGUUUCCAAUUAUCCUCAACCUUCGCCGCCUCCUGGAGUUUACGAUUCCUCCGCUCCUCAUUACGUCCAUGGUUAUCAUUCUGUUCCAGUCUAUGGCAUUGCUGAAGGAAGACCUGUGACUGUGAGACAACGCCGCCUUUCUUGCUGUGGAAUUGGUCUUGGAUGGUUCUUGUUCAUAGUUGGUUUUUUCCUUGGAGGAAUACCUUGGUAUGUCGGAAUGGGCAUCAUGAUAGUUGGAAGGAGGGUUGACCACAGGGAGAAACCAGGUUACAUUGCUUGCACCAUCGCUGCUAUUCUUGCCACGAUCGCUGUUAUUCUUGGUGUAUCUAAAGGAGCAGAAGAUUGAUGAUCAUUCGUUUAUAUCUAUGGUUGAUUCAGAACGUUUGUAUAGAUGCCGAUAAACAUUGUGUUCUGUAUUUUUAUUAUCUUCGUACUUCUUCUAUGAACUCCUUCGAAACAUAGAGAAAAAUGAUGUAAACUUAUAAAAGUUAUUUGCCAACCAAGUGUGAUAGCAAUACAACAGAACCUUAC